GUUGCUCAUAAAAAAAUAAAUUUAAACUACAAAUAUUUGCUACUAAAGGAGACAGUCAAAUUUAUCAUUUUGUGAGUCAUGAAAUGCGGUGUUCUGUUUAUGGUUUCUUGUCUUCUCACAUUCCUCGUUCUCAGCCAUGUUAGAGUGGUGGAAUCCAAAACAAAAUGGGGAUGCGACAUGAACAGGUCUUUUCCUGGACAGUGCGGACCUAAUGGAAAGAAUACAUGCAUAAGCGACAUAAAAAAAUUGCCUGGUGCACCAAAAGAUCUUGUCGUACGUUGCGAAUGUUCUGCCGCUUUUGUUUGGCCGGGUCAACCUCCCCGGCGUUUAUGUAAAUGUCAAUAUGAUUGUUAAGUUUUACUAUAUCACCAUAACCAAAAUCUUUUACUAAUAAAUAAGAGAAAAGCUAUAAAGAGGUUUUGGUGUUUUAAAGUGUCAGUUUAUUAAUUAAUCUUUUUAACGUCGUGCCAUUUGAUAUCCAACAUGAGUGAUGAAUGUUACGAAUUCUUGUGAAAACUCUUGGAACAAACGAUUCCAUUUUAUUACUUUUGGUGUGCUUUGGAUCA